GUUGAGGGGACUCGCUCGAGGGUUUGGGUUUCCGUUCCUAUCCCCCGCGCGCGCUCCCUCUCCCCUCUUUUCCCGCCGCCACGAUCUGUUGCGCGGGCCCGCAUCGUCGGCGACCUCGCCGCCGGCGAACUCGCACACGACAAAUCAGGCCUCCUCCCACCGGGGGGACCCCUUCUGUCGAGUGGCGUCGCCCUCCCUCCUCGUCCUCCUCUUCCCCGCCCCCCACUGCUUCUGGUGUUCGUUUUGUUCCAGGGGGUCGUUUCUUUGGCGUGACACCCAUAAAUCAAAUCCGAGUCUUUCUUCCUCUCCGUUCAGUUCUUUGUGGAUUUGUGCGUCAUGUGUUGCCCUACUAAUCCAAUCCAAUCAAUCCGUCCAUCCUUACUUCGAUUCGGUUCUUCUCCGGCGCAAAGGAUCAAUCUUGUGCCGGUGCGGUUUACUUUCCAAACAUUUGGGGGUUUAAAUUAAAACCCCACCCCGCGUUAAACACUGCGGUGAUGGCCGGCGGUGCCGGCAACGGCGGCGGCGGGGAGAACCAGGCGCUGGACAGCGGGACGCCUACGUUAGGGUCUCCGGUGAGCGACAGUGACGCAAUGCAGAGCGAGGGCGAUGACGGCGCGUUUUACGGCGAGACACAGCCGCUGGACGAGGCUGAGACCCAGUUAGUAGAUGGGGUGGAGGAGGAAAAUGAGGAACAGGGUGUGGCUGGCGAUUGGGUGGAGACGCAGUUGGUGGAGAGUGGCGAGGAGGAUGGAGGUGAUGAUGGUGAGCAAGUGAAGACACAGUUGGAGGUGGAACGUGGGGAAGAUGAUGAUGCUGGUGGCACGGAAGAAAAUGCUGGUGAUUGGACUACAACCCAAUUGAUUGAAGAAUGUGUGGUGGAGGGAGCGAACGGCAGUGUUGACAACAUGUUGGAGACCCAAUUGGUUGAGGAAUCUGAUGAUGAGGAGGGGAGAGUAAACGGAGGUGAUGAAGUGGGAGGUGAUGAAGUGGAUGUCGGCGAGUGGGGCAAGACCCAGUUGGUUGAAGACUCUGAUGAAGAGAUAGGCUGCGAUGAGUUGAGCGAGGACACUCUAGUGCUAAGUGACAAUGAGGGUCUGUCAGAUGAUGAGAGGGAUGUGAGGUCGGAAAUGGAGGGCAGUAUUGAGGGUGUGAAUGGCGGGGUUGAGAAGCAUGGUGAUAACAAGAGUUUGGUAGAUUCUGAUGCUUCAACAGAUGAAGAGGGUGACAGAGGACACCUUCAGAUGAAAUUGACUUCUGUUCGUGUGGCAUCAGUACGAACAUGUGGACUUGCUGAAACACGUAAUGAAAGUACUGUGAACAGUGUGCAUCAAGGGAAGCAGAAGGCCUCGACCAAUGGAAAACAUCUCCUGCCGAAAAUUGCAGCCAACUCUGCUUCCUGUAGCACCUCCUUUAGUGGCUUCCCACAUUGCGGGAUUGAGAAUGACUCCCAUCGUUAUGUGCAGAACCAUGAUAAAGAUGGAAUUAAAAGCAGAGAUAGGUGCUCAACAGCAAAAAAGCUUUUUGCUGAUACGGCAGGUGAUGAGGGUGAAAGAAACAGCAGAGCUUUUGCUGGAUUAAGCUAUAUUGGAUCACAGGAGCCUGGUGAUCUGUCACAAGCAAAUGCUUUUGAAGUUGUGGAUAGGUUGAUCUCAGUCAAUGGUGGAUUAUCAUCUCAAGAGACAACACCAAAUAAAUUGGAAACAGCAAAGCCACCCGUUUCAAGUAAGAGAGGGACUUUACUAUUGGCUGAGAAGGUUGAACGAAGUAGAAGUUCCACUGGGAAGGCAGAAAUAUUUGAAUGGGUGGAUAGCCGUGAAGAUGAUGGAGGAGGUGAGUUUUUCAGUAAAAACAAAGAUAUCCUGUUGCAGAAAUCAGCUGGUAGAGGAAAACCAAAUAGUCAUUCUCUCAGGGCAAAGAAGUGUUCCACGAAAAUUGCACAGGGAGUAAAUAAAAUAGGGGAAUCCAAGAACAAAAUAAAUUCCAAACUAUGUAGGAGGUUUGAAACUCUUCCUUUGUCAGAUUCAAGACUACUCAAAAGUGAUGUAAAGAGUAAGCGGGCUUCUGGAAACAGGACUAAGAAAAACCUUUUGAAGGACUUAGAUGAUCUAUCAAAUACCAAAUCUUUGGAAGGACAACAGGAAAAGGCUGAUGUAGCUUUGCCUGAUGUUGGUCCAGAUACUCAAAUGGCUGUUGAAGCUAUGGAGGCACUGGCGCAAUGUUCACCUGCUAAAACUUUGUCAGAUAAAGGUCAACCUCUGUUGGAUAAAGAUAUGAGAGAUGAGGAGUCUAAAAUAGUUAAAACUCAUUCAAAGAGUGGUCCUCCUCAAAAGAGAACUAGCAGCAUCCAGGAAGGUGUCACAACACGUUCUAAAAGAAGAAAAGUAACUGAGUUGAACACCAAGCCUAAUAAAGAAAGACAUGGAGGAUUGAAGAUGCAAGAAAAUUCAGAACUUACAGGGAAAAGAAAACGUAAGCAGACAAAGUCUGUACCAGAGAAGAGCAAAGUUUCAGAGAUGUCUCUUGAUGAAAUUAAGUACCAUGGUACACCUGUUGCUCACCGCACUAGACAUUGUGGUAAGAAUAACCUUUGUGAAUAUACUGAGUUAUGUUCUAAUAAGCACAUGAGAAGAGGCAAGAAAUUAACAGGUGACAGCUCCACUAUUGGAGAAGUGCAAAAUAAUCAUAUUACAAAUGGCCCUGAGAAACUGAUGAUUAGUGAGAGAACAACCAAAUCUAGUUUGAGUUAUUUUGAAAAAGAAAGCACAGAGCAUACCUUUGCAAAUAAUGUUCAGGAUCUUCAGCAAUCCAUAGAUGGAAGCUUACAACAUACCAGUGUAAAUACUGUUCAGAACCUCGAACCACGCAGAGGUGAACCAACAAAUGAUGUUGCAUGCAGAGAUCCCCCAUCACACCCUAAACAGAGAAGAACACCCACAACAAUGAUACAGUCAAAGGCUACAGCAGUUAUCUUAACUGCCACAAAUCAUGAAAUACCACCAGAAGGGCCAAUAUCACCCAAGAAAAGGCGGAUUUUCAUCAGGAGCGUUUCUGAUCUGCUAAAGUAUGCAAAGAGGGAACCUUCCAAUGGAAGAUCAACUUCUAUGCUGUCCAGUAUUAUAGGAAAGUCAUUGGCUGCUUCUUCUAUACUCAAUUCUCCUGCAAGAGUUGACAACAAAAGUCCUGAUAUCAGUAGCUCUGGACAGCGGCUGAAGGAAUCCUACCAUGUUGAGGAUACAAGCAAAUCACCAAAAAGCAACGCUCAAAUUCAGAAUAGUUCCCUGAAAACACCUUCAAAAGUGGUUAAUGAAUUGUCACCUACUUUCAGUCCUGUGAAUCCAUCAAAUGCCUCAAACAGAAGCUUGUCAAAACCUUCAGUUGCCAGAGAACUACUGAAAUUAGAUCCUGAAAAAGCGCUAUCAAAUCAACAACGAAAAGAUUCUAGAAGAAGGAAAGAUAUGGCCAGUUUCAGUAUUUUAUUCAGCCACCAUUUGGAUGAGAAUGUGAUCAAGCGUCAGAGGAAGAUCUUGGUACGCUUGGGAGUUUGUGAAGCAUUUUCUAUGUCAGAUGCAACACACUUUGUCGCAGAUAAUUUUUUCCGCACAAGGAAUAUGCUCGAAUCAAUAACUCUUGGCAAGCCAGUAGUUACAUCAAUGUGGCUCGAAAAUUGUGGACAAGCAGGCUGUUUUAUUGAUGAGAGGAAGUACAUUCUGAGGGAUGCCAAAAAGGAAAAGGAGUUAGGUUUCAGCAUGCCUAUAUCACUAGCCUCAGCUUGCAAGCAUCCUCUUCUGCUGGGAAAAAGAGUCUUUGUGACAUUGAAUGUGAAGCCAAGUCGAGAAGUGGUGACUAGCUUGGUUAAAGCAUCAUCUGGGCAGCCACUAGAGAGGGUAGGAAGAUCCAUAAUGAGGGAAAAGGAAGUACCUGAUGACCUACUGGUUAUCUCAUGUGAAGAAGACUACCAAACUUGCGCACCGCUGCUUGAGAGAGGUGCCAGCGCUUUCAGCUCAGAGCUUGUACUAAAUGGUAUAAUCAUUCAGAAGCUGGAGUAUCAGAGGCACCAUCUUUUCGCGGACCGUGUCAAACAGACCCGCUCGACGAGGUGGUUGAAAAACACAGUCCUUGACCGAUUUGUACCUGUACCCAAGUGUCCAUAGCUAGGGAAGAGGGGUAGUAGUGCAUAUGUUUAUUUGUAGCUAAAUUAUGCUCCAGCUUUCCCAGACUCUCCAGCUCAAGACCAGUGUUAGUGCAUGUCAGGCUAAACUAUAUGCUUAUUCUUCCCCUAGCCUCUACAGCUCAAGAGCAGUGUAAAUUAUGUGCCACGAACGUGUGUGCCUUGCGCCAAUCGUGUAAUACAGGCCUGGUGUUUGGUUUUGCUCAUCUGUAAAUUUGUAAUCUGUAGGUGUUCACAUAUGUUAUAGCCUUUUUUGGCCCCCUUCUGAACAAGUGUUCGGUUAUAACUGAACUUGAGUGGUGAUCAAUAA